GGGCAACUAAGAUGAUGCUGCCGAGAGCGUGGACGCUGCUUUUUGUGCUUGCCACGACGGCGCUGCUGGCCACAUUCGUCUCCGCUGACCCUCGCGAGGUGGAGAACGCCGAACUUAAAGAAGAGUUCGGUGACGAUUUUGAGGACGAGCGCUCAAUCCCCGCGCUGGGCGAGCUUGAGCAGCGGCUCAAGUUCGAGCUAGAGCACCAGCUGGCUGCUGGCGCGCCGUAUACGCCGCGCGGCAUCGUGGAGAUCGUUGGAAGCGCCUCGUCCCCCAAGCCCCAAGUCUCGUUCUCGGCAUUGCCGACGCUGAGGGCCGACGACGUCGAGAAGCUGGAAACGCUGCUGCGCCACGAUCGCCACUACACUGUUCGUGCCAAGGCGGACCCAACUGACCCACAAUCGCCGUACGUCAUGACCUCCGUGCCCAUGUGUAUGCUGGCAGGCAUGCGCCUGCGCGAGGACUUCGCCUUCCACCUAUCGGACAGCGGCAAGCUCGUGGCCAUCGAGUAUCUCACGCCAUACCUGGAUAAUGAUGCCUGUGCUGAGCUCCAGACGCGCAGUCUCAAAGAUGUGCGCUUUGGACCGUUUGGCACAGUCUUGAAGACGCAGGCCGGUCCGUCGCCUCCGAAAAAUAUCGUGGUCAACCGCGACCGCGCUCCACAAGGCGUCAAACCGGUGAAGAGCGAGGAUGGCAACGACGAGCCCGAAGAGGAAAACCAGUCCUUCCUUCGCAAAUAUUGGUACAUCAUUCUGCCUAUCGUUGUCAUGAGCCUCUUAGGUGGCGAUGGAGGAGCUGCUUCAGCUGGUGGUGCAGGCGGUGCUCCUGCUGCUGCUGCUGGCGGAAGACGACGAUAG